AUGAAUUCCCUUCGCACCAUGAUGAUGAAGCUUUUGCUGUUAUUAGUGAUCUCCUUCACUUCCCUCCCCACGAGCUGUAUUGCGCAAGAAGUGGUUGUUGACAUUGAUGGCGGCGGUGUCGACAAUAAUAAUAUCAAUACUACUACUAAUGCAACGGCGAAUAAUAACAAGAAUGCAACUGAUGGUAUUAUUGAUGGUAUUAAUACGGAUAAUAAUAAUACGGAUGGCAACGACAACAACAUUAAGAAUCCGCUCGAUCCCAUUGUGCUUCCAAGCCCACCAUUGCCACGGAAUCCUUUUGCAGAUGAAAAGGUCUUGUCCCUUGAUUUGGCUCGUGAAACCGUCUUGUUGGCUGGUCGAUUGGCCUACCAGAUUGCUUCCGAAGCAGAUGCCUUGGAAUUGUUGCCUCCCGCUUAUACCUUUCAUGGCUUUCGGGAUGUCGGAUCUACCGAAGUCAUGAUUCUUUCGUCGGAAACCAACACUACAACUGGUGAACCUGGUAAGAUUCUGGUCGUCUUUCGAGGAACGGAUGAUACCUCGGAUGGUGAUUGGGCGACGAAUGUGAACAUUCCAAAGGUCCCGUAUGGACCACCUGGAAAAGAAAUCCAAGCCACGACUGUGGUAGAAGCCUUGGAUUGGCUCAAUGGUGGAAUAAAAAAUGCUACCAUUUCCGUCAAGGUCCAUCAAGGGUUCAAUGAAGUCUUUUCGGAUAAUCUGUAUGACUACAUUGUGGACCUUUUGAAUUCCGACCAACUGUUGGGACGACGAACUUCUUUAGAGGAUGAUUCCUCAUCAGUGUAUUACUACAACAGCACGGUCCAUUUCAUGGGACAUAGUUUGGGUGGCGCCAAUGCCCAAUUGAUGGGUACCUACUAUGCCUACUUGCAUCCAGAGAUUCAAACCCAGAUUACCUCCCUCGGUGCCCCCCGUCAAGGGAACCUGGCGUUCAAGGUAUUGGCCGAGUCUUUGACCAACCUGGUCACAUGGCGAAUGGUCUUUUGCAAUGAUAUUGUUCCACGAGUUCCCAAUGUCAAGUAUUACCAUGCCGGUCAUUUGAUGCAAUAUCGCUGUGGUACUGAUGAUGAUGAUGAUGAUGCUGCUGCUAUGGACGACAACAACAACAAUCAUAAUAAUCGUAAUCCAGUGGGGGCCUAUUACCGUCAUGCUGGAGAUCCGGAUCAGGGUCAUGCAGGUAUUCCAUCUUCCGUUUGGAAUGUAUCACCCAAUGCCGGAGCUGGCUUGAUAAAUGAUCAUUUGGGUCCUGCCUACCUUGGUUGGUUGGAUUCAGCAGCCGUUAUUGCAGCCUUGGAAGUAGGACGACACAUUGAAACCAACUGGACGACUACCUUUGUAUCAACAGAAGAAGAAGAAGAACGACUACGACGACGAAGAUCCAGAGCAUUGCUGCAAGCUGACGAUACUAAGCAAGAGAGAAAGCGCCAAACAAACCAAAACCCUGUAGAGAUGCUACAAGAGUUAAAGGCACAAGGUGCUGUUCAAGGUUUGCGCGGAUUUCCUAUUUCACAUAACUAA